AUGAGUGGAUUAACCUUUCAUCUACAAUCAGGUUUCAAUAAAAAAACAAUAACGGUGGAAAAUCAAGAAAUUUCCAUACGAGAUUUGCGCAAAACUGCUGUUAAUUUCAUAAAAGAAACGUAUCCAAACUGCGAAUCUUUUGACUGGAUUCAAGACUAUAUCUUACUUUAUCGACAUGAUCUGUGCUCGGUCAACAUCCUUCAACUGAUAAAAGCUAGUGAGGAUAUAACUGAUGGAACACUUAUCGAGGUUGUAAUCAGCUGUAAGCUCUUUUUUUUCUUUAACUAUGACUGGGUGUGUACAUGUCCUCAAUAUGAACGUCUUGUUGUCCAUCCACAUACACUAUAUGUGCACAGCUAUAAAUCGCCGACAUUCUGUGAUUUUUGUGGAGAAUUAUUAUUUGGAUUAGUUAAGCAAGGCAUAAAGUGCCAAGGCUGCGGUCUAAAUUAUCAUAAGCGAUGUGCAUCGAAGAUUCCUAACAAUUGUAGCGGAUCGAAGCAACGGCGUCCUUCAGCUAUUCCCUUAUCAACUCGCGUUUCACUCAAUUCUGCCCAACAUGAAGCAUUUCCAAAAUCAAUUCCAACAAUGAACUUUAUAACACCAGGAAUAUUGAUUACAAGCCUGGACGACAGUAUAGUUGAAGAUUCUCAGGGAUUGGACUAUGUCCCUCUGUCUCGUAAGGACCGUAGUAGUAGCUGGAAUGGGCGACCCUUGUGGAUGGAAGUUGCUGAAGCUACAAGAGUGAAGGUACCACACACAUUCCAAGUGCACUCAUAUAAACGACCAACAAUAUGUCAGCACUGCAAAAAAUUAUUGAAAGGUCUUAUUAGACAAGGACUGCAGUGUAAAGAUUGUAAAUAUAAUUGCCACAAAAAAUGCUCGGAACACGUUGCGAAAGAUUGUAGCGGUAGUGACAUUAAUCAUGAUUUAUUCUUAGGCGAUAAUGAAAACCAAGGUAAUUCGGCCAGAUCAUUAAUAAAUGCUGAUCGUGAUUUCGGUGGAAGUAUGAAGAAUUUGAGAAUUUAUAGCGUUCCAUAUGACAGCGGGAAUGAGACUGGUGACGAAAAUUUAGAUGUGGUAAAGGGCGAUAGUGACACUUCAGAUUCUUUAUUAGCCUCACACAAAAAGACUCGAUCUACUCCAAGUGCACCGUUACAAGCUAGUGAUGCGAGUAGCGAUUUUGAUGAAGAGCAAAUUCAUAAGAAUAAUGACCUCAAUGAAUCUCAAAAUAUACCAUUAAUGCGAGUUGUAAUGUCGAAAAAGCAAACCAAACCUCAUAAUGCAAAAAUAUUGAAAGAAGGAUGGGUCAUACAUUAUACGAAUCUAUAUAAUAUGGUUCAUUUUAUAUUCUAA